GCGUGAGGUCAGCGGCAGUUGGAAAAGGGAACAAACGGAAUGGCCGCCGCGGCUCCCGCUCCGGGCUCCUCGCAGUGCCGGAGCCCACGCUGCACGGCGGAGCGCCGGGGCGUCCGCCGCGAGCUCGACUCCUGGCGGCACCGGCUUAUGCACUGUGUGGGCUUUGAAAGUAUUUUAGAAGGGCUUUAUGGAUCAAGGCUACGAAGAGACCUCAGUUUAUUUGAAGACUGUGAACCAGAAGAAGUGACUGACUGGUCUAUGGAUGAAAAAUGUUCCUUUUGUAAUUUACAUAAAGAAAUAGUCAGCGAUCCUACAGUGGUUCUUGGUUCUUUGCAGUCAACAGCUACAGAGGAGUUGUCAUCUCAGGGCCAGUCCAACACUGAUAAAAUUGAGUGCCAAGCAGAGACUUACCUAAAUGCACUCUUUCGUAAGGAAGAUCUUCCUCAGAACUGUGAUCCUAACAUUCCCCUAGUUGCUCAGGAAUUAAUGAAAAAGAUGAUUCGUCAAUUUGCAAUUGAAUAUAUUUCAAAAAAUAGUAAACUGCAAGAAAAUCGAAAUGGUUCGUCAUAUGAAAUGAGUCUGAUAUGUAAAGAUUUCCAAAUGAACCAAACCGAAAAUCCACUUCAGGAAGAACAAGAUAGCCCUCUAGACCUCACUGUGAAUCGAACACAAGAACAGGAUACUCAGCAAGGAGAUGGAGUGCUAGAUCUCUCUACAAAGAAAACAAACUUGGAACAGUCACAGUAUGAUGGGUCAUGUUCUGAAAAUUCAUUGUCUGGUUCAAGUACAGCUGCUGGUGCAAAACUAGAGGAAACAACUAAAUUGGAAAGAGGAAAUUCUACUCUAAACAAGGUGUUGACUUCCUUAUGUUCAUAUCAUUGGCAUCAGACUUUAGCCAUGUUGAAAUUUUUCAUCCAAGAAUCAUGUUAUUCAGGUUGCAGUAGUCAACUGCCUUACCCUAAAUAUUCUGAGAGAGAGGAAGAUGAGAUUCAUAUUCCAGGCUUCAGUUGUGAUGACAACAUGCUGAUGAAAAGGUGCCGUUCACAAAAUAUAAGACCAAAUAAGGAUUGUUUGACAUGCCACUCAAUGGCCCCAGGCUUUGUUAACACAAUAAUGAACAAAGAAAAUUCUUUGCUUUGCCAUCCUCAUGGGCACUGUCCCAAACAGCUACAACUAUGUAAGAUCCAUUCUAUCCAGGCAGAUUUGUAUACAUACCUCUUUCCAAGGGGGGAAAAAAUUAAUAGGGGUAGCCAAGGCCGCAGCCCUUCACCACCGCCAUUGUCUCCUGUGGAAGCUGAUGGGUACAAUUCUCCAAAGGAAUUGGCUGAAGAUAACACACCUGAAAAACCCUACAACCAGCCUCCUUCACUAUUUCCCACUGAACACAAGGAGAAAAAUCAAACAUAUCAAACAUAUCUUGCAGAAGUGCCCGAUAACCUGCAGGAAGGCAUUGCAACUGUGAAUCAAGAAAAUAGCCUUACAAUUUCUGAUAAGCUUGAAAAGCUUGAAAAUGCUGAUGUAUUUCAGAAUUUAAUGGAUCGAAUCAAUGAGAAGUUGAAAUCAAUAGAAACUACUGAUACAGAAAUAUUGGCAAAAUUACCUAAGAGUGAUGAAAGAACAGAAACUGAUUCUAAAUUACGGAACUUCAUUACAUCUCUCUUACAUGAUGCUAAGACCAAUGAUUACAAUUUUACAGAAUUACUGAAUCAACAUGAUAAGCAAGUGGAAAAUAAAAUUAUCCAAACAAGAUUUCGCAAACGACAAGAAACUUUGUUUGCAAUGCAUAGUUCUCCCAAUUCAUGUCUAUUUAGACGAAAGUCUUUGCAAAUCAAAAGAGAGUUGGCUAGCCUUGAUGAAACUUUCUUAAGAAAGAAGGCAAAUUCACAGAGAAAAGUUAAAAAAUAUACAAAAAAUGACAAAUACAAUACAUUAAAAGAGCUUGAUGUACAAGGCUAUGAAAAUAAAGAUGGGACAUUUUCUUCUAAGUCGAAGCUUUUGCCACUAGGUCAAAAAGAAACUAUAGUACUACCUCUCAUCAGCUCAGAAACCAGUUAUGAUUUUGUAACAUUUGCAGCAAACAGCUCUACAACCUCUCAAACGGUUUUGGCUAAAACACAAUGUGGACUUGAACUAGAUGUGGAUCCAGCUGGUGUGAAAGGAGAUUAUGAUAGAGGCCUGGAGAGAACCAGACAUAAUAUUUUCUCUCCUAAAUGGUGCUCGUUGUAUGUAGCAAAUAAUUUUUUAUUAAGGAAAAACAUAAAAUCAAAACCUGCUGCUAGCAUAGAAGGGGAUAAAAUUCUCAAAGAUUUUCAAGCUAAGUCAUGUAGCAAUGAAAAUAUAAAUAAGAUUAUGCAGAAAACCAGUCUACAUGUUGUUGUAAAGCAUUUGGAAGAUACAAUAAAUAUGGCUCAAAAGGCCACACAGCCCAUGUGUAAUGGUUAUAAAAUAUUGGGCAAAAUGAAAGACGUUCAAAAUUCUGAUGUGAACAGUAAAUCUAAAAUUGGCCUCCUUACUAGCGUGAGUGAAACUGGAAGUAAGGGGCAAUGUGUGUUAUCACAGAGUCAUUUACCAGCUAGAAAUAGCAACAGAAGUGAUUAUAUGCCAAAAAAAGAAAAUGUAUCUUGUGAAGAAGGAUAUGAAAGACUUUUGAAACCCUCAAUAUUAGAUUCAAAUAUGUUGACCUUAAAUAAGGAGGAAUCCCAAGGAAAUUCUCAUUUGGAGGAUAAUUCAUCAACAUUGAAUUACACUAGCCCUAUAAAACUUAUGUUCCUUUCCAAGAUUAAUAGCAGUGAAGGAAUCAAGUACACACUAACCUCUGUGAAUGAUUCAUCCAAAUUAAACAUUGAUCUUUAUUCUCUUCAGGAGAAAACAAAUAAGCUGUUGGGAAAACAGUUGGAGGCCAAGGAUUCUGAUGAAAAAGUAUCUAUUGAUAAAUGCAGCUAUAAUGAAAAUACAGAUACAAAUAAAAUGAGAACUGGUUUACCUACAACAGUUGCCACUGUAACCAAUCCUAAGCCUAAGGAAGAACCUGUGGAACAAGGCAACAUUGGAUCCUCCCUGAAAAGAAAACCUGGGAGACCCAAAAAAAUUGGUCCUCAGGUUGUAAAACAAAUUAAGCGUCCGAUUGGACGACCUCCCAAACCAAAAGUUGAUGUGAGUAAUAAUGGUAGUCAUAGGAAGGACUCCAUUGGUGUUGCAAAAAAUGCCAACUCUAACAUGGAAUGUCUAGAGGAAGAGAACAUUUACAAAAAUAUUACAGUGACUGUUGUUUUUGGAAGAUCUCGAAGGAUUAAGAGGUGUGUUUCUGAAGGUAGCCUAAAUAUAGUUAAAACUGCACCAGAACCUCACAGCUACUGCAGUGUUGUAUGUGACCUUGAUCAAAUAACACUGAGCUCAGAUGCCAGGAACAACUUGCCAGAAUCUAAAAUUAUGCAAUAUUCUACAAAAGAAAAAACCUCUACAUGUGGCUAUGAGGAUGUUAGACCACUAGAAAGCAGCCUUGUGCUACCAUCCCAUUGCAGCAAUAUCAGACCAAACCAAAAGCCUUUAAAUAUUAUUAGAAAACCUGGCAGACCAGCAAAAGUAAAAAUAUCUGGCAUAUCAGUGACUGUUAAUCAGAUUUCAUCUCAGGAAAGAAAAGUGUGUAUCAGCAGCUGUCUGCCUCCCUUAGAACAAGAAGCUUGUGAACCAUCUAAGAAGGAUCCUAAGCAAUGCAAUAAAAGCGAUGAUUUUAAAAGCCUUUGCAAUGAUGAAGCAGGGAAUUUUUCACCCAAGAUUAUCAUUGCUUCAAGAAGGUCUGAAACUCAUUUGAGACACUCCCUUAGAAGACCAUCAUUGCCUUUUGUACAUUCAUCAGCAUCUUCUAGCUCAUUUUCUUGUAAACGUGCCUUUUUGCAGAAACCGUGUAAACUCCGUUUGAAAAAUAGUAAAGAUCGCAAAGUAAAGCAUUCAAAAAUGCCACCCAAAAAUACCUCAAUAAAUACAAGGGCAGACAAUGCAAAAAAUAGUUCUGAGAAUAGUAAAUCCAGAUCCAUUGGUGAUAUUACUUUGGAUCCUUUAAUUUCAUCCAAUUCCCUUAGAUGGUGGGAUCCUUCCAUUUCUAAUGAUUCUUUGUUAAAAGAACUAAACAGUAGAUAUGACCAGAUAACUAAGACUUGGUUGCAUGUGAGAAGGGAGAAUGGAGAAGAAUAUGAGAAAUGGCCAUAUAAUGGAACAUGUCAUGUUGAACAAGAUAGUAGCAUUGAAGUAUCAAAUCCUUUGGACUCCUGCAUUUUGGAACUGGAAAAUUCACCUAUAAGAAUGCUUUUCCAGAAAAAAUGCAGCAUAGAUGACUUAUGUGCAUGGUUUAUGCAAACAACAGAAACACAAUCACUAUCACUAGUCAGAAAAGAAAAUGCUCGUAAUCCUUUUGAAGUAAUCAAUACAAGCCAAUUCAAAAUGGGAACAAGACAAAAUGAUUGUAAUACUAGUCCUUUGAGAAAGCACUUUAAAAAAUUUGCACUGUCCACACCUUCAAAAUCAACAGGAAAGUUGCAGCUUCUACAUAAAAUUGUCAGAUCGCAAGUCUUAAGCAGGGAGCAUAGCUUUACCUUAAGUAAAUUGAGAACUAAAUUUGAGAACUUGCAACAUGAUCGAUGGCAACAAGUGAAAAAACUGUAUAAUCAUGGAACAUCUGACUGGAAAUCAAAAAAGAAAAACUUGCGAUUCUUCUCCCAAAGUCAGUGUUUGAAUGAUGCAACUGGGAAACUUAACAAACUAUGUACAAGCCUUGAGAAUGACCCAGUAGAAACUCAGCCAACAACUUUGUUGGAAUCUUACAGAAUCACUUCAGCAACUGGAAAUGAAAUCGGAGAUGCAUUUAUUCAACAAGAUACACAAUUGUCUGACCUCAGCACAAAGUGUGACUCACUCUCAAACUGUAGGCCAAGUAGUAAAUCCAAGUACAGCAAUCAGCAAAGUAUUGGACAAGCACAUGCCCCUAAUGAAUGUAAUGAAAGUGCACGGAGAGGGCAGACUUUUAAGGAUUGUCGAAUAUUUUUGAAGAAAAUUAAUCCAGUGGAUAAACAGCAUGUCUUUAAUAAGAACUUUGCCAUCUCUACUUCAGAAUCUAUGGAACAUUGCAGCAGCCACAUCUAUUGCCCAGAAAAAAAUGGUUGUCCUUUGAGGUCCCCCUGUGUUCAGCCGAGUAUGGCUGAAAAUGAUGAAAGGAAUGGAGGGGCUUCUAACAGAAGCAGGCAUUCCAGCUUGCUCAAUGAAGUCAAGAAGUCAAGCAAACGUGUCGCUUUUGAGGAUGGCCCAAUCGAGACCCCUAAAAAAAUGAGGAAGCGGAAGAAGACACAAUGCAAGUUCACUGAGCUGAACAGAAGAAAAAGGAAUAAGAAGCGGUUAUGUAGUACUGGCCAAAUAUCAAACUGUUACCCAAAAUACCACCUGGGUCCUCUUAAACCUGUUGGGCUGUCUUUGCUGGGUGGACUUGCUAGCAGAGCUGUUGAAUUCUCCAUGAUCCCAUUCCAAUUGCCUCUCCAUGGAAGCUCUCAAGUAAAUCCCAUGAAUUGUUAAAAUGAAUUCAUCUGUCAUCAUCCCAGAGAAGCAUGCAGUACUGUGAAUAAUUGUCAAACUGAGCAAGUCAUUGCUGUACUAACUAAACAAAACUGCUUUGAAGAGCUAAACACUCAAACUCCUUUCUGGAGGCUGCAUUUAAUUGAAAUUGUUGCAAGAUGGGCUAAGAGUUAUUUCUGUUGAUGCACAAAUUAGUGACAAGCUUGCAUAUAGAAUGGUGGCCGUGUUGAUGUGAAGGAUCUAAGGACUGGUUCCUUGGGACAUGCCUAUCAAAAUAUCUCAAGAAUGCUAACCAUUCCAAUCAUAUGGUUGCAUAUUGGCUUCCAAAUGUUAUCCCCACACCCAGUGAGUAAUAGUACAAUGGAACUUAUUUUCUCUUUAUUUGUGACAAGUUGCAUGCAUGUUAAGAUACCCUUCUUAAGAUUCAACAAAUAAGACUAAAAGGGAAUCCAUCUGGAAGAAUAUACCGGAGAAAAUUCAGAAAACGUGACAUAGCCUUAUUUUUCCAUUAUGUGUUAAAAUUGCCUUGUAGAGUGUCCUAAAAACUGCCCCUCUGGUGGACAGCACAACUGAUAACUUGUCCUUGAGGCCCUGCUUACAGGAAUAAUGAGUUACCAAAGGCAAGAAAGGCAUUAGCGUUCCGAAAAAAAGAAGAAGAGAAAACUAAUAUAAGGCCUAGAAUCUAGAGAAACAUUUAGCACAGUUAUGGGUGAGGUUUCUCCAGUUCAAGCCAAGAGGUUAAGUGAGUUCAAAUGAACAUUAUGAUAACUUUCUCUUGGUGUGUUAGUGGAAGCCUGUUUCUAUGUCCAGAUUUCUCUUGUUACAUCAGGGUUCUAGAAAGUAUAAGACACAAUCAGAAGGCACUAGAGUAGAUGUUUCUUAAAUUAUUUUGUCCUAAGUGUAUGGAGGCUGAUGAUAUGUACCACUUGAAACUUGUAGGGUUUAUCAAUGAUAUUUCUAGUAAGAAAUCUGCCUCUAAAUCUAAUUCCUAGUCAUAUUUUGUACUUUCUCUUGAUUAAAUGAUAUCCUUUGGUGGACUGCAAAAAUCUCAAAAGAACUUAGCUUUGGAAUAUCUGGUUUAGGCACAAGGAAAAAAGGAGUGUUGCCAUUGUGGAGGGUGAAAGCUAUUUGUCCUCUCCAGAGACAGGUCUGCCAGACUAUCAUCAAAUAGCCAGUCAAUUAUACAGAGCUUCAUUGGUGUUGUACUUUGCAGAGGUCUUAUUCUUCUCUCCUGAGAUAUCUGCAUGGACACAUAAGAAAGACUAGAGCAAGAGAGGCUAACAGACACAUAUAUUUCUUGGAUAGUGCUCAAGGCAUUACAGGUUGCCCUCGACUGAUGACCACAAUUGAGCCCAAAAUUUCUGUUGCUAAGCAAGACAGUUAAGUGAGUUUCCUCCAUUUUACAAUCU